AUGCUGAGAAAAAUCCUAAUAAGAAGCUUCUCACAAUUCAGCAACCCUAAUGACUAUUACGCCAUUCUUAACCUUCCCAGUUCUGCUUCCCAAGCUGAAAUAAAAGCUGCUUAUAUUUUGCUUGCAAAAAAGCUGCAUCCAGACAUGCCAACUGGAGAUGAGCACAAGUUUAAACUUGUAGCUGAAGCAUAUGAAAAUCUAGGAAAUGCUGAUAAACGCUUAAUAUAUGACUCGAAACACACAAAAGCAAGAAAUAAAGCUUCAAAAGUAGAGGUGACAAAGGACAAUUAUUCUUCAGCGAAAAAUCAUCAAGAGCACAGCUCUGCACAAAACUAUAAAUCACAGUCAUUUCAGAAUAAAAAGAAAGAAAGCUCAUGGUCUGGAGGAGGAUUUGGAAAAAAUGAAGAACAAGGGAACUUUAAAGAGAAAAAUAUUACGCCAGGGGAUGUAGUCAUGCAGAUGAUGACUUAUGGACUAUGGGCGAGUGUGGCUGCGUCUGGGAUGUAUACAAUUUAUAAAAUAUACACAAUGGUUGCUAGCGGUAAUAAAACUGAAACUGCGUCCGUGAUAUCGGCUGAGCCUGUAAUUAUUGAAACAAGAUUGCCUGAAAGAAGACCAAAGGUGGAGAGGCCGAAUCCUAUUAAGAAUUAA